CGCGCUUUUCUCUCCUUCUCCAAGAUGGCGGCGGUCGGCGGCGCUGAGGCGGGAUCCGAGCGAGCCGAGUGAAGACCUGGUCCUGUAGACGGGAAGGAGCCUGGACACAGUGACACAGCACAUUCUCAAAGGCCCUGCAGGACCACCAUGGCUUAUGAUGACUCCAUGAAGAAAGAAGAUUGCUUUGAUGGCGAUCACAGCUUUGAGGACAUAGGACUUGCAGCUGGCCGAAGCCAACGAGAAAAGAAGCGGUCUUACAAAGAUUUCUUAAGGGAAGAGGAGGAAGUCGCUGCGCAGGUCAGGAGUUCUUCCAAGAAGAAGUCAAAGGACAGUGAUCUGUUCUUCUUGGGGACGGACACACACAAGAAGAAGAGGAAGCACUCCCCCGAUGAUUUCUACUAUGGAGACAUUUCGACUUUGGAGUCAUCACAGAAGAAAAAGAAGAAAUCUAGUCCACAGUCCCCUGACACAGCAAUGGACCUGUUGAAAGCUAUCACCUCCCCUCUGGCAGCAGGGGCCAAGGCCUCUAAGAAGGCAGGGGAGAAAUCCUGCAGUUCUUCAAGCCACUCAGAGAGCAGAAAGGAACACCACAAGAAGAAGGGCAAUGGCAGCACUGGAGAGCCCUCCCUGGACGACAGCAACGCCCACAAACCCAAAAGAAUGAAGCCACUCUACGUGAACACAGAGACGCUGACUCUCCGAGAGCCUGAUGGCUUAAAGAUGAAACUUAUUCUCUCACCAAAGGAGAAGGGGAGCAGCUCAGUGGAGGAGGAGGCUUUUCAGUACCCUGCCCAACAGGCUUCUCUGAAGAAGCCCUCCAAGAAAUUAGCUCGAGAAGAGCAAGGUGCUUUACUCCUAGGACACGAGCUACAGAGCCUCCUAAAAACGGCCCGGAAGAAGCACAAGUCAUCCUCGGACUCGCACUCCUCUCCUGGCCCAGAAGGCUGUGGGUCGGAUGGCUCCCAGCUUCCAGAACCCCACAGUGCCAAUCUCGACAUCACAGGGCUUGACCCAAUCCUAGUGGAGUCAGAGUCGUCCUCAGCUGGGGAGCUGGAGGCCGGGGAGCUGGUGAUAGACGACUCCUAUAGGGAGAUCAAGAAGAAGAAGAAGUCAAAAAAGAGCAAGAAGAAGAAGGACAAGGACAGACACAAGGAGAAGCGGCACUCCCGGACCAAGAGGAGCUCUGCCAGAGAGCAUGGCACUGCCCGAGAGCACAUGCUGGUAUCCAGCCCUGCCUCCAGUAUCCCCACCCUGCCACUUCCUGCUCUACACACAGACGGACAUGGGGAGAAGAAGAAGAAAAAGGAAGAAAAGGACAGAGAGAGAGAGAGGGGAGAAAAGCCGAAAAAGAAGAACAUGUCUGCCUACCAGGUAUUCUGUAAGGAAUACCGGGUAACCAUUGUGGCUGACCAUCCAGGUAUAGAUUUUGGGGAACUUAGUAAAAAAUUGGCUGAAGUAUGGAAGCAGUUGCCAGAAAAAGACAAACUGACCUGUUUAACUCCCCGUGAUCUGUUGCAGACCUGUUUAACUCCCCGUGAUCUGUUGCAGAUCUGUUUAACUCCCCUAAGUUUGAAGAGUCCCUCAGCCAACAUUGGACACCGCCUGCAGGAGACAGAGGGCAUGGUAGCAGUGUCCGGAAGCUUGUCAGUGCUCCUGGACUCCAUUAUCUGUGCUCUUGGCCCUUUGGCAUGCCUGACCACACAACUACCUGAACUGAAUGGCUGUCCUAAACAGGUCUUGUCAAACACGCUGGACAACAUUGCGUACAUCAUGCCCGGACUGUGACCUCCAAGAAGCCUGGGACAGAAGACUGUCUACCCCUUCACUAGUUUAUGUAUAUAUGACUGUUCCAGAUCUUCCACUGACCUCUGGGUGUAGGUUUUAAAUUUUUAUAUCUAUAUAUACAUAUAUAAUGUACAGUAUAUACAUAGGAUUAUAACUACUUUGCUUUUAAUAAUUUUAUGAAAUGGCAAAGGUUUAGCUAAAAGGAAACUUUGGCAUGAAUGUGGGCUUGGAAUUAUUUUUUUGUGAAAAAAAAAAUCUGCCUUAAAAAAUCAGUGUAAUUUGGGGACUAGGGGCUUAUUCUGGGUGCCAUAUGUAUCUCCUUGUAAAAUGCUAAAAUGUGAUUUUUUUUCCAAGCUUGGGUUUGCCUGCAGACCCAUUGCUGACCAUUUGCCUUACCUGUCUUAGAAUCAGAAGUGUAGUGAAGAUCAUGGGAGGAGGCCAGCUGACUACAGACUUUCCAACACGGGAUAAUCUGGGGGAGGUGGAGCUUAGGUGGACUGAGUAGGGGACUCAUUCCCGUUCCUGCUAAAGAGGUAUCUGUGUCUCCAGUUUUAUUGUACCCACAGUACCACAGAGUCGUGGGCACCAUCUAUAGCCUCAGUGUGUGAUUCUUGGCCGCAGAAAAAUAAAUACCUUAGAGAAACCAAAGCUGUUGGUGCCACCUGUUGAACCUGCUUGUCUGGCCAGCAAGGCUUGGUGUACAAAACACAAAGCUGCCGUCUUUUACUGGCGGCAUUGGGUGCCCACCAACUCCCAAGAGAGUCUGCAGCUCAGCUGCCUGGUGGCUCUUGGUUCAGCUCUGGUUCCCCUGGUGGGUCCUUUGUGCUCUGCAUUCCACACGGAGCUGGACCACAGAGAAGUCCUUGGUUCUCAGUAGGGUUAUCUAUAUGUGUGUUUGAGUGUAUAUUUUAAUUAUGUGUAUUUAACUCUUUAGAAUUUCUUAGAUUUUAAUUUAUCCUGUAAAUUUCUGUACAUAUAAUUUAAUAACAAGCCUCCAGCAGCAGGAACAUGUGGAGCAUACAGAUUUGUCAUUUCUUAAUGUCUGUCUAAAAGCCUCAAGUCGUCCAUAUGUUAAGGUGUUGUGACUCAGAAAGGAACUUCAUGGCCCUCAAUAAUGUUAGGAAAGUGAAAUAGAAAGGAAUGGCACCAUUCUAACUGCCCUUAUUCCCAAAGAACCAGGCCUGCUUCCCAUCAGAGAGAAGAUAUCUCAACACUCCAGGGUUGUUUGGAAACUUGGUGAGUUAGCCAAGGUAAACCCAGCUGCGUUAACCGUGCUUUCUUCCUCUGGCCUGGAAGAACAGGGCAGCAUCACAGGAGACCUCUGGGGACCAUGUAGCCAGCUGGCAUCCUAGGUAACACCUUCCCAUAGCCCGACUGCUGUCACGGCCGAGCUUCUCACAGGAGUUCUGGAGGCUCUGUCCCCAUCUCAGCUCAGAGCAGUGCUGAGAUGUAAUCUGAGAAAUGGAGACAGGAACAGGAAUAUGUGGGAACUGAAAUCAAGCAAAGCAGAAAUUUAAAUUUGAGUUAACAUGUCAGAACCUCCUUUGAACCUGCAGAAGUUUGCUGUGAGGAACAGCACCCAGGAGAGGCCAAGGAAGGCAUGUAUCGUAUAGGAAGCAGCCAGUCCUCCAUUGCCCUUGUUACAGACAGUUGUGAACUCCUGAGGAGAACGGGCUUUUUCGUGUUUGUUUUCCUCUGAAGCCUAGCCCUGUUGUAUUUGUAUUAAAGAUUUGUACACAUUUGUAUAAUAAUCUGUACCUUGUGGUAUUUGGUACUAUUAGAGGAAAAACUUUGGAUUCAGGCCUUCUUGCUGUUUUUAUAUCAUUGUUUUAUUUUGUUUUUUAAAUAAAUCCUAGUGGUUUGAUCCAAAUCCUAUUACAGUUGUAUAAAGAAACAAAAUUUUGUACUUAUAUUAAAGAUCUCAUUUUUAAUAUUUAUA